CACGACGGCUCAAAUCUUCGAGCCGUCUCUUUCAGAAUUUGCGCCAGACAGUGCAUUGGGAGAGGCAGAUGGCGGUAGUACUAGCGCUGCUGUCCUGGCUGUUCUGGCGCGUGUCUCUGGUAGCAAACGGGGUGAUGGAGCUGAUGGUUCGGAUAUAGGAGAGACAAAAACUAGAAAAGCUACUCCUGAGAGGACUGAGACCUCUGCUGAUCAAGAACGAGAUCCUCGAUCAUCUCCAUCAGUUUCACCAUCCCGUGAACACCAGCCACUCAGGCAAAACCCGAAGAUCGUGGUAAAUGCUCAGGCGAAGAUGUUUCUCAUGUACGUUUAUCUGGCCAAGUUUAUGCCGUCUAGCAGUUGGAUCUGUCGCAUUGAUGCGGAUGCCUAUUUCGUGCCCCAAAACUUUCGAAAACUCCUACGGGAAAACGGAGGAGCCCUGGGCGAUCCUGGCAAAAGAGCUCACUAUUUCGGCAGUACGGCUUACCACAUAAGCACGCGUGGUGGAGUGCCGUACAACGAUGGAGGGCCCGGGAUCUGCUUUUCGGUGUAUGCCCUCAAAUUAAGGGUUCCAAGUUGACCUAUCAACCAAGGGUGCCUCUCUAUCCCUUGUUAUUUAUAGUAGGAAAGCUGGUGCCAUAGAUAGGCGACCUCCCCCUUGCUAUAAAGUAGGAAAGCUGGUGCCAUACAUAUGCGACCUACUAGAUGGGGAACUUAGACCACCAAGCAGAUAUGGUGCAGGAAAGGGAGGAAAAACUGUGCCGUAGGACACAACUAAUACAUUUAGAACAAGGAGGACAUUUAUCUACUUCGAUAUGGCUAUGCGUUGUUCUUAUCUACGCCAACUUUCAGGCCCUAAUCAAACGUCUCUCGAAAUACCUCGCGAAAGUCCGAGUCAGUCGGCGCAGAGCUAAAUGGGACUUCCCACCAGAGCGAAACGGUCAACAGCUGGCCAGCAAUGAGCUGUGUCGAGCUUAUUUCUCUGGGCAAUACGAAGACGAAUUGUUGGGCGCAUGCUUCGGUGAGUUGCGAAUCCGACCUGAUAAAUUGGUAUGAAAAUAUAAGGGAUUGAGGUAGGUUGACCUGAUAAAUUGGUAUGAAAAUAUAAGGGAUUGAGGUAGGUUGACCUGAUAAAUUGGUAUGAAAAUAUAAGGGAUUGAGGUAGGUUGACCUGAUAAAUUGGUAUGAAAAUAUAAGGGAUUGAGGUAGGUUGACCUGAUAAAUUGGUAUGAAAAUAUAAGGGAUUGAGGUAGGUUGACCUGAUAAAUUGGUAUGAAAGUCGGGGAUUGAGGUAGGUUGACCUGAUAAGUUGGUAUGAGAAUAAAAGGGAUUGAGGUCGUAGGUUGACCUGCUAAAUUGGUAUGAGAAUAAAAGUGAUUGAGGUCGUAGGUUGACCUGAUAAAUUGGUAUAAGAAUAAAAGGGAUUGAGGUAGGUUGACCUGAUAAAUUGGUAUGAGAAUAAAAGGGAUUGAGGUAGGUUGACCUGAUAAAUUGGUAUGAAAGUAGGGGAUUGAGGUAGGUUGGCCUGCUAAAUUGGUAUGAAUAAAGGGGACUGAGAUUUGUUGGUGGCAGAGGACCCCUGUUGGUUUAUUCUCGUUUUUGAUCUACUGAAGUACACAGGAAUGGGAGGAAGGACUACUCACUGCAGGCAUUGCAUUUACCUCUUGCUAGGCACAUUCAUUCACUCACUCACUCACUCAUACGUAGGCUGGUAGAUAUUUCCAAAACGCCCUCCACAUUGGGUCAGUUAUCCACUCUAACCCCUGCCGUCCUCGACGCUUUCGGUCGUGACAAAUUCACUAUUGCUAGAGGCGUUAGUGCCGCUAAAGCCGUCAGAAUGCCGAGAUAUCCAGCCGCCACGUUCGUCCACGGAAUGAUAGGCGAUCGAAGGAUAGACCUAGAACAAGCAAGGGACGGAGGUUCAGAGCAAGAGAGACAAGACUUCUAUGGAGACUUGUGGGAAGAAUACGGAAGGGAAUGGGUGGAAGAGGAAGAUUCUGGUACGAGUGCUGAAGCAAGAGGUGAUGGUGAAGCAGGAGGUGCUAUUGGAGGAGGAGAUGAUGGCGAAGCACUUGAUGAAGACACUACUGAUGAGGCAGAUGUUGUAAAUGAAGUUCAACAUGUCGGGAAGGGGAACGGAGUUUUAAGCAGUGAGCAGACCACAACAGCGUCAUCUGGUGGAGACCAGCAUGGCAAAAAUUAUAUACAACUUAGCAACGUUCGUCUCGGUGAAGCUUCAACUUCUCAAAGAAGGGAGACUGCAACAGCAAUUCCGUUUGGGGCCUAUCUCCCAAGAUGGAGCUACGUGAAGGGCCGUACGCAUCACCACAUUCAUUGCAGUGGACGGAAACAUGGGAGAAAAGGCGAAGUAAUCCGUUCCUCCCUCGAUCUCGUCCGACCUCUUACCGUUAAGGCAACCAAGACAGCAUCCUCAGUAGAGCCAAGAUCCUUGGAUCUUCUUUUUGAAAAAGAAGCGCCACGAAAGAAGUGCCUCUCAAGAAAGAUGCAACUGAUGCAGCUCUAACUUCGGCGCUCCUCCAGGCACGCGUGGGUUCCCAGAAUUCGCUCAUUCGGACCAUACGGUCAGCUUUCACGGGUUUAAAAACUUGACGCAUUUGUGGCAUGUCCAUGUUGAGGUCCUUGGGCGGAAGGGGCGGAAGAGAACUACAGAAGUAUUUAAGGAAGAUAGCUGAAUCAAUAUUGAGAUAAUGCUAGAAGUGAUACUGUCUGUGCUGUCUUCGUAGAGAAGAUGGCUGGGGAGAUGAAGAAAUGAGGUCACUGGGUAGAAGAGGUUAGUGGGCGGGGAGGAGAGGAAAUAAUGAUAAUGUCCAUGCUGUCUUUGUAGAGAGGGUGGCUGGGGAAGAUCCCUCUUCUCCUCUUCUUCCAUGGUCUUCGGGAGAGGAGGGUAAAGUUUUAGAUGAAUCAGGUUUGACACUAUUUAGAUUUAGUUUUAGAAGUGGCUAAGGUAUAUUCAAGUGGAAAACAAUCACAAUACACACAAUGGACACAAUACACACAAUACAAGGAAACUUACACCAACUCGUUUCAGAACCACGCAAAUGCCUUUACUGGGGAACAAUUGGAUGCUGCAAUACAUGGAAC